UCCCCAGUGAGUCCUCACACGACCUGGGUUGUCGCCUCCACAGAGCCCCGGUUCUCUGAGACUAAGGCGCAUUCCCCCAUAUUCGCCCAGUCCACAAACACUUCUUUUGUGCUCCUUUCCCUCAUUCCUUUCUGCAUCUCCACACUUGCCAAGAUGCCUCGACCAGGUCUUCCACUUACACCAGGCUCGUCCUCCGACAUCAAGGGCAAGGAUGGCACUCAGCAGCUCGCUACCUUCCAGCUCUCUUUUGAGUUACCGCCUCCAGCAAUUCAUGAUGCCUCCCGGAUAUCACCUUCAGGUUCUCGAAUUUCUCCCACCGAUCCUAAACCUCACCCGCUUGCGACGACUUCGCCCGCGUUGACGUUCCCCAUGCAACCCGCCGAGACUGUUAAGGCCCGGCGACGAUCCUCGGCUGCCAAGGAGGCCAAGGACAACACUUUUGCCCUACCUCCUCCCCCGACCCGCUCUCGGAAGAUCAUCCAAAUGAAGCCCCGGACUCAAGAUGGGAACACAGAUGGUGCCGGAAAAGAUAUGUCCAAGUCGGGUGGCAAGGCUUCUGCAGCGACGAAAGCAGGGCCCGCGUCUGCGACGACAAAGACAACAACCGCCGCCAAGACCGACGACGCUGCUGGGGAUAAGGGCAAGAAGAAGCAACCAAGCGCAACGAGUGCAGCAGGUCGGAAAAUUGCGAGAAAGACAGCACACAGCCUAAUCGAGAGGCGGCGGCGAAGCAAGAUGAAUGAGGAGUUUGCCGUGUUAAAGAGCAUGAUCCCGGCGUGCACCGGAGAGAUGCACAAACUGUCCAUCUUACAGGCAUCCAUCGAGUACGUGCGGUAUCUUGAAGACUGUGUGUCCAAGUUGAAGGCACAACAAGAAGAAGACGACAUGACCCACACCGAAUCCGGCCGCCAGACCCCCACGGGCCGCGACCGUCUGCCGUCAAUCCGCGAGUUCCACCCUACCUUCCGGGGCGAUCCCGCUGGUGACGGCGAUAUUGAAAUGGAAGACUCAGACGCUGGGUCACCGACGAUGCCUACCAACGAUAGACACGCACACCAGCCGUCUGUCUCGCCAGCGUUGCUACCCCAAGACGCCGUUUCAGCACGCCACCGUCAGCACUCGUACUCAUCUGUGUCGACAGACGCGCGCCGGUACAGCUUCAGCGCCUCGGCUACUACUUCGCCAGCUUUCGGCCCUCAGGUGUUUAGCAAUGGCCACUACGCCCGCAGCGAUGCCUCUGCGCCAGCGUCGACAUUGACAAGCCCGGCCCUCGAUCCUCAGAGUGAACUGGACCAAGAGGCCAUGGCUGCUUUGAUGAUGCUGAAUAAUGAUCGACGGGGAUCAAAGGGGCGAGGCCUGUCAGUCCGUGAUCUGCUUAGCACAUGAGCCGCUGUGUUCGGUGACUUGGCAUCCGUACUUAGCGGGAGGGUAGGCGCUCGGAAUUUGGUAGACAUGCUACCUUGGGAUCUUCAAAACGGCGUUCUCUGACAGGCACGCGACUUGCUGGCAGAGAGGGGCUGCGUUAUCGUCCGAUUCAUAGGGCGAGGCG